GACACAAGACGUCAUUGCCUCUUAUGAUGGAAGAGUGUACUCCUUUCAACAACAGUAUUCUUUACUCAGUCAUGUGAAAGGACAUCCUCAACUACAUUUUCCACCAGACCAAACCGAUAGUGUUUUUCUUUUCUACUGGCUCUAGUGGGGAGUUAUAAACUGCGGUGAAGUAGGCUCCGGCUGCUCGGUAAGGUGGAGCUUGUCAGCUAGCUCAAAUUAGCCUACAGUUACCAGUAGAUUUACGGCUUAUGUCCGAGGUUGCCCUGCCAGGUAGAUCAACUAAAGCUGGAGGCGCCGGUCAGGCACAAUGAUUUGGCAAGUGCACCCAUUACUGAGCAUUGACGGUGGUAAAUAAUUUAUCCGGUUUGGGAACAAAUCAACUCCUUUCAACGUCUUUGUUUGCGUGCGCGCAGCCUGGCUGGUUUGGCCUGUUUCAUUGUCUCCGAAGAUCGUAAACACACCAGUUGUUUUGGCUAGUUAGGCUAACUUAGCCCAGUUCGUGUAAACACAACCCGUUAGCUGUCUACUUCAGAUUAUCCCUAAACAAAACUAUCAAAAACGAGUAUGGCGCAACACGACUCAUCUCAUGUAGCCAGCUCUCAAAAGGCACUUAUGUUGGAGAUGAAGAGCCUCCAAGAGGAGCCUGUCGAGGGUUUCAAAAUAACACUGGUGGAUGAAGCUGAUUUGUACAACUGGGAAGUGGCCAUUUUCGGACCCCCGAACACCCAUUAUGAAGGAGGGUAUUUCAAGGCUCGGAUUAAGUUCCCCAUAGACUACCCAUAUUCUCCACCCACCUUCCGGUUCCUCACCAAGAUGUGGCACCCCAACAUAUAUGAGAAUGGAGAUGUCUGUAUUUCUAUACUGCACCCCCCAGUGGAUGACCCACAGAGUGGAGAGCUGCCUUCAGAGAGAUGGAAUCCCACCCAGAAUGUCCGGACCAUUUUACUGAGUGUGAUCUCGCUGUUAAAUGAACCCAACACCUUCUCUCCUGCAAAUGUGGACGCUUCUGUCAUGUACCGUAAAUGGAGGGACAGCAAGGGCAAGGACCGCGAAUAUGUGGAAAUCAUUAGGAAACAGGUCUUGGCCACCAAAGCAGAAGCAGAACGUGAUGGCGUCAAAGUUCCCACCACACUGGCUGAGUACUGCGUCCGCACACGUGUCCCAGCCCCUGACGAAGGCUCUGACCUCUUCUAUGACUAUUACUAUGAUGAUGAUGAUGUGGAGGGUGGAGAUGGCGACUGCUGCUACGAUGAAGAUGACUCAGGGAAUGAAGAGUCGUGACAUGCUUUUUUUUUGACAGUAAUGCUGUCUCGCUGGCAUAUGCCAUCCCCUUUUUUUCUGCCUGGGUUGCCAGAUAUUCAAGGUCUACAACCUUGAAAGAUUUGAAGCUUCUCACUACAAUGAAAAUAGCUGUUUUUACCUAAACCUCUUAAUUAUUCUUGAGGUUUAAAUCAAUGCGUCAUUGUGGAAGGGUCAUACCUAGUAAGAUUUGCACCAGCACAAAAGUUUAUCCAGUUUUUAUCACCACAUAAAACCUUACUUUGAGAGAAUAACUUAAUCCUUUGAGUUUUUAAUUCCCCUGUAUGGUACAAGAUAUUGUCGGUUUAAUAUCAUUGUCCACAACAGCAUCAUUUGCACUGGUGCAAACACUUCCAAACUUUUCUCAAUCCCUCUCUCUUUGCAUAUGUUUAUUUCCUUAAUUGUAAUUGGGUCUCACCAACCAGUACUUGGUCUAAGUGAAUGACUAAGGAGGAGGACUAAAUGCAGCCUGGUUGUGUUGAGCAAUGUGCUGCAAAAACAUGGAAUCUGACGUUUCAGUUUUCACAGUCUGUCUUGAUUCAACAGGACGGGACAUGAAUUGACACAAGACUGUGUUUUCAAAGUUCCUGUGCAUGUCAGAACAUCUUUGAAAGCUUUGUGUCUCUUAUUGAUGGACAAUUUGCCUACUUCAUGAUCUUAUUUCAGUUUGAUGACAAAAAGGCACCUGUGAUGAUGAAGAAAGUGUGUCCUCCAGACCAUCUGACGAGCUGAAUCAGUGGGUCUAAAUCUUUGUGAACAUUUUUGCUAACAUACUGAUAUUUGCUGUGUUUCCUCUUGUUAUUGUUGGAUGUAUUUCUUUAUUAUUUUGAGUGUGGGGUCAUGUUAUUUUAAGUAGCUCAGAUGUAAGUCUUGUAGGGUGACCAAGUUUCUCAGCAUCGGCUGGUGAGUGGGCAGAACUAAUUACUGAUCCAAGCUAUAUUCCUCCUCAUGUUUGCUCUCUGAGCAAUCCAAAGGAGCCAAAGACCUACACCAGUGUAAAAGAACACCCAAAGCAUUUUAUGGCUGUUUGUUGUACUCGUCUUUUUUUUUUUUUUGCUCUUGCAGGCUUUGUUAUUUAUUUUAUUUUUUCUUUGGUUAAACCAUAUGCCUGCAGUCUCUGAUUGAGAAUUAGAUUGGAUUUUCAAAACAAAAAAGCCAUUGUAGGGGAACGUGUUGGUCUAAAAGUUUUUAGGAUUAUUAGAGGGCCACCAUGUUUUAUUUUCAUUUCAGUUCUUUGUGUUAGUUGUUUUGAUAGCAGUUUUAGAGUGUUUGGGUGUCUGUGUAUUCUCGCAUAAGCAAUUUUGAUGAUUUAGUUUACUUAAAUUGGUACUUCAUAAUAAAUUUCUCAGGACAAUGAAUUACUUAUGGCAAAAUUCAAACAGGUAAAUACUUCCCUCUGUCAGUGGUCUUCACUCUUGGUUUACAGCUUCAACGGGAACCUUAACUGACAUGCACAUGUAGCUGUAUUGGUGGUCACCAUGUUGUUUUACUCACCUGCAUUUAUUUUUUAUUUUCUGCUAUUUAAAAAAAAAAUAAAAAAAAUGUAUCGGAAAAAGAAGGUUUAAGC